AUGUCAACUAUCAAUCCUAUAUCAACUGAAUCAAUACCUAAUCAAAGUCAAAAUGAAUCAAUAACGACAGAUAAUGUGAAAAAGGAACAAGGAAAGGGCCAAAACGAGUUACCUCCUCCGAUACCGAUGCCCGCCAUCAAAGGUGAAUCCUCACAUACUGGAGAUACCUCUAAGGCAGCACUCAAGCCUAUCUCAACUCCAACGGCAAGACUACCAAGCUCACUACCUUCAUCAACACUACCCCCAACAGCACCGUUGUCGUCAUCUACAUCAAAAUCACUACAACCAGCAAUACCAACUUCUUCGAACAAGUCGUUCCCAGGUCAUGUAAAUGCUAAAGCAGGACCGUCGACUGCACCAUCUUACGAGAAAGAAUUGAACUUGGCAAAUAAGAAGAGAAAAUGGUCAAUGAUGGGUUAUAAUGAUGAAGAGAUUGAUUACUUGGAAAGUGAAUGUACUAGCCUUCAUCUAGCAAUGCUAUUAGAUCAAACUCAAACUUUGUACCCACCGCCACCGAGUAGAUUCGAUUCAUUUGAAGAUGUUGUAGAUAGGUUAUUGCCUUAUCACAUUUGGCAAAUACAUGACGAAGAAUUGGAAGGUCAAUACAAGACUGAAAAACAGGAAAUCACAGAGAUGAACGAAGCGAAUGAGCUGGUGGAGAAGAUAAGAGGUUUGAAAACCAGAUUUGGGAAAGUUAGGAGAAGUGAGGCAGAUUACCCCUCGCACAUCCCGUCAUUGAUAUCCAUAACCAGUAAUUUAGUUUCUGAUUUGAAAGAGGAAGUGUCAUCACUUCAAACAAUCCUAAGACCAUUGAAUGCAGAAUACGCAAUUAUCGAAAAUGCAAAACGUAAGAUUGAAGAAGAGAAAAGACGCAUAGAAGAUGAAAAAUUACGAGUUGAAACAGAAAGAAUACGGGCUAUUGAAGAUGAGAAAAGGAAGAUUGAACAUGAAAAGAGAAGGAUAGAAAAUCUGAAGAGGAAAGUGGAAGAUGACAAGAAACUCAUUGAGGAUUCAAGAAUAAGAGCUGAGCUGGAAAAGAAACGAAUACGUGAUCAAAGAUUAAAACAGAUACAAGAGGAAGAGGAACGAAGAAGAAAUUUAGCAAAGACGUCGAUUCCCUCUUCCAAUUCAAUUCCCUCACCUAUCACAUCACAGCCAGGUCAUAAUCCCUCUCCUGGUCAACCGUCCACUGCUCACUCACCAUUUACCCCUACUCCACCAACUUCCGCACCGGUGAUAGGACAGACUGUGCAGCCAAUACUUCCAACCAGCCAGAUAUCCAAUACUGCCAUUUCACACAACCCUUUAGUCUCACCUGCUUCAGUGCCAUCGUCAUCAACGCCGCGUGCUGAUCGAGGCAAACCUCGCGGACGUCCUAGAGGUAGGGGCAGAGGAGGAACCAGACCACCUGUCACCACGCAUACCAACGGUUCUGGCACCGUAACGCCUAGUCCAGCUUCGACUUCCACCUCCCUACCUCCUCAACCUCCUCAACCUCCUCAACCUCCUCAACCUCCUCAGAGUAUUAGACCUCCUUCCGCACCAACGACACCUGGGUCCACGUCGACUACAGCAUCAACAGCGGUCAACAAAGGUCCCGUAUCAUUGACUGUGAAUAUGUCCUUGAUCCCCCAACUGGUUGCUUUGGGAUUAUUGAUCAUUCCACCAACGGCCAAUUCUCCCAAAACUCCAGCUAGCAUAGUGAAGACCUCAGAAGACAAAAAGACAAUUGUAUUAUCAGUACAUCUGGGGCAAUGUUCCAAAAACCAAUUACUGGCAUUAGCUAAACUGUUAAACGUGAAUACCAAACCUCCUACAAACACAUCUGCGGCAAGCGGAAGUACGCCGCCACCGCUAAAUAAUGGUAAUACACCUCAAGGAUCCACAUCGGUUCCCGCACCGCAGGGGCAAGCAAAUAGUGCAGAAGGAUUUUCUUCGGCGAUGGUCUCUGAGAGUAACCAAGGCAAGUAA